CUAACUUUACCACAUAAGGUCAUCAGCCUCCGUGACCAAACUGGUCGCCCCCUUCAUUUCGUGGAAUCGAAAAGCCUGACUGAAUAACAGGACCACACUUUCAACAUAAUAAGAUUAUAUAGAGCAGCAUCCUGACGGGAAAACAAAGUCAUAAUAAAGUCAUUUUCCAGAAUGAAGAUCUCUGUGAGUUUUGUUCUGUGGCUGCUGCUGCUCGGCGCUGUCUCUGCAAGUGAAACUUGUGAUUGCCUGCAGAAUCAAGAACAAACAGCACAGCUGAAGAUUGAACUGGACAAUCUGAAGCAACAAUUGCAAGUCCGACAGGUUGCAUUCUCAGCCUCUCUGCUGGUUACAGGUGAAACAACUAUUGGACCCUUGCCCACGGACAUUGUCCUGAUCUACAAACACGUUAUCACCAACAUCGGAAAUGCCUACAACUCAAACACAGGUGUGUUCACUGCCCCGGUGAGAGGAGUGUACAACUUUGAGUGGCAUGUCGGUGCAGUUGGAGACGGCAGCCACGCUUCAGCUGGUUGGUUGGUCAAGAACUCAGAGAAGGUUUUCAUGGCAUAUGGGCAACAGAAUCAACAUUUCGGUAGUACCUCUAAUGGAGUCACGCUGUUGCUAGAGUUGGGAGACGUCGUGUUUGUGCGUUUGGCGGCUAACUGUAAGGUGUAUGACAAUGUCAAUAAGCACAACACCUUCAGUGGGCAUAUGCUGUUCCCCAUGUAAGACAGAAACAGCAGCUCUGUGAUAGUCAUGCAGGUUUUUGUUGUCUUAAACCAGUCUUCAUAGCACUUCAUAGAUUAGCUCUGAUACACGCUAAAAGUCCUGAUUGUUUACAUGGAGUCUGGUGGAGAUAUGCUGGCUCUAUACACGCUAAAAGUCCUGAUUAUUUACAUGGAGUCUGGUGGAAAUAUGCUGGCUCUAUACACGCUAAAAGUCCUGAUUAUUUACAUGGAGUCUGGUGGAGAUAUGCUGGCUCUAUACAUGCUAAAAGUCCUGAUUAUUUACAUGGAGUCUGGUGGAGAUAUCCAAAUAAUAAGUAAUAAUUGUUAACAGGAAUCUUUUUUUCCUUAAAGUGAUUAAUGUUUCUGAUUCUCUCUCGUUUCUGUCAUUUUAAUCAAAUAAACAGAAAUCAUUGCAAUUACA